AUGAACAGGCCAACUGGUGGCAUUCCGAGAGAAUUCGGUGCUUUCGCUAAGUUGCAACAACUUUUUCUUAGCCUCAACGAUUUACGGGGUCAAAUUCCGAGCUUCCUGGGCAACAUAUCCACAUUGCAGGUCAUUGGUUUGAGCACGACCAAUCUCACAGGUUCGAUUCCUCCAACAUUUUUCAAUCGAUCGCUCAUGAUUGUCGACUUGAUGCAUAAUGAUCUCUCGGGGAGUCUUCCUUCCGAUCUUUGCUCCCGCUGGCCUAACAUUCAGCGGCUUUUGCUGUCUGACAAUGAAUUCAGCGGCCAGCUACCGGAGACGCUAACCCGAUGCAAAGAGCUUCUCGUGUUGUCGUUGUCAUACAAUCGUUUUCAGGGAAGCAUUCCUCGAGACAUGGACAGCUUGCAAAAGCUGCAGGACCUCUAUCUCAGUUUGAACAACUUGACUGGCACGAUUCCUCGAAGCAUCAGUAACAUGUCAAGCUUGCACAAGCUUUUGGUUCGAUCUAACCACAUCGUAGGGGACAUUCCAAGUGAGAUUGGCAAGUUGGUCAAUCUGAAUGAAAUAAGCCUUCGGAAUAAUCUGCUAACGGGCGAAGUGCCCCACGAGGUUUUUAACAUUUCUUCUCUACAAAUGCUUUCUUUGAGUAGCAAUUCCCUCUCUGGAAGCCUUCUCCCUAGUAGCGACCUAAGCCUUCCGAAUUUGGAAAUACUCUUGCUAGCAGAUAAUGGCUUCGGCAGCAACAUUCCCCAAUAUAUUUCGAAUUUUUCGAGCCUAAUCCGUUUUGAUGCCGGGAGCAAUCAACUCAGCGGACCCAUACCCACAAGUUUGGGCAACUUGAAAAACCUCAGACUUCGUGGUUCCAUCAAAUCAGCUCACAGUAGAGCCUGAUGG